CUGAGAGAUCAUAGUUUCCAAACACAGAUCAACCAUUCAGCCAUGCCUGAUCUCCAUAUGUUGUUGAUUCCACUAGUCUUACUCUCAGGGUUGGAACAAGUAGCAAUGGGCGCCCAGAUCAUCAGCAAGGUCGGUUGCCAAGAGAAAUGUGGAAACGUUAGCGUUCCAUACCCUUUUGGCAUUGGCGAUAGCUGUUCCAUUGACGCACAGUUCAACCUAACAUGCAACCACUCCUUCAGCCCUCCGAAACUUUUCUUACCUCACGGUAACUUGGUUGUACUUGACAUAUCGCCCUACGGCGAGCUACGCACCCUCGUCUGGAACGCCUGGGAUUGUUACGAUGAGUAUGGUAAUAGGUUCAACUUCACGGCUUGGACCACGCUAGCACGAUUCACCUUCUCAGAUACCCGUAACAAGUUCACAGCAAUUGGCUGUGACACCGUUGCGUACAUCAUAGGCACCAAGGGCCAAACUUAUACGAGUGGGUGUAUAUCUCUAUGCAGCGAUAUAACUCACGUAGUUAAUGGUUCGUGUGCCGGCAUGGGCUGUUGCCAGACCUCCAUUCCCAAAGGGCUAAUGAAGUAUGAAGUAGAGGUUUAUAGCUUUGACAAACACAGCAAGGUCUGGAAAUUCAAUCCAUGUAGCUAUGCCUUCCUGACCGAGGAAGGCCUGUACAACUUCUCCUCAACAGAUCUCCAAACCGUCACGACAGCAACCCAAUCUCGAGUAGUACUUGACUGGGCUGUUGGGAAUGAAACUUGCGAAGAAGCCAAGAGAAAUCUGACGACUUAUGCAUGCCAUGAGAAUAGCUACUGUUAUAGCUCCAAAAACGGCCGACCGGGAUAUCUCUGCAACUGCUCGGAUGGUUAUCAAGGAAACCCUUAUUUACCCCAGGGUUGCCAAGGUAUGUCUCAGUUUUUACUGCAUGGAUUCUUCUACUAG